AUGUCUACAAAGGCGAUUCAUCUGGAACUUGUCGGAGAUCUCACGUCAGACGCGUUCAUUGGAGCCUUUCGAAGGUUUGUAGCUAGACGUGGAAGAUGUGCCCAUAUAUGGAGCGACCAAGGACGCAACUUUGUUGGAGCUAACAAGCUUCUGGCCGGAGAUUGGGCAGAAGCAAAACUACAAUUCGAAGGUUCAGUCGCUGAGAAAUUAGCCUUGGAUGGAACGAAGUGGCAUUUUAUCCCUGCCUAUAGCCCACACAUGGGUGGAUUAUGGGAGGCUGGGGUGAAAUCGAUGAAAUAUCACCUAAAACGAAUCUUAACAAAACACGUGACCUAUGAAGAGAUGAUCACCCUGCUAUGCCAAGUGGAGGCUUGCCUCAAUUCAAGACCUCUAGGAAUAAUAGACGACACGAGUACCGACAACGUUCAACCAUUAACCCCUGGUCAUUUUCUGAUCGGUGAAACACCUAUUACUGUGCCGACCCCCAACUUGCAAAAUAUCCCAGUAAGUCAUUUGUCACGAUGGCAUCAUCAGCAGAGGUUAAUGACUGAGUUCUGGCACAGGUGGCAACAAGAAUACCUGUCACGGAUGCAGCAACGUUCGAAAUGGCACAACAAGGUCAAGGAGUUUGAGAUAGGACACAUUGUUUUAAUAAAGUCAGAUAACUUGCCUCCAGCUAAAUGGAUGAUGGGACGAAUUGUUGACAAGCAUCCGGGCAAAGACGGUGUGACACGUGUGUAUAGUGUGAAAAGUGGUGAUAGUGUCGUGCAAAGACCAUUUAACAAGUUAUGUUAUUUACCAAUAGACACUGAAUGA